AUGAGCGCUACAUUUUCCUACGCGCAAGCCGCCAAGGGCGUUUCUGCCACCCCUGUGGUGCCCAGCAAGUCUACAUCAACAGAACCAGAGAAGUCGGAUUCCAAGACUGAGGAGCCCAGCGAGAGUGUUCCUGCCCCGACUGAGUCUGUGACCACUGCUUCCGAGACCGAGACGCCGCAGGAGCCCGAGACUGCCACGACAAGUGUGAACAAUGAUGCUGAGUUUACUACCGUCACCAGCAAGCACGCUCAUCGAUCCAAGGCCACCAACUCCCGGACUUCGUCCCCAAGUGUUCGGUCAAAUGUCGCACAAUCGAAGGAGGGUGAUGCCUCUAAUACCUCCAAUGGAACCACUGACGCUUCCUCUGAGAAGCAGGCUCAGUCUGAUGCCAAGGCUGACAAGACUGAGAAUGGCUCGGAGACCUCUAAAGAGAAGUCUGAAAAGCCCGAGAAAUCUGAGAAGGCCGAGAAGGCCACCCCUCCCAAGGAGCUGAAGGCUGCUCCUCUCCCCUCCGUGAACAUCUGGCAGCAACGAAAAGAGGCUCAGGAAGCCAAGGCCAAGACUACCCCGGCACCUGCUGCUGGCAAGGGUAAAUCCGAGGAGGGACAACAAGAGUCUGGCAAGGCUAGCUCGAAGAAGAAGGGUACCGAUGGUGCAUCUGAGGGUACCAAGGGCAAGAAGUCCGACGGCAAGGGCCGUGACGAGGCUUUGUCCUCUGUUGCGGACGCUUCAUCAUGGCCGACUCCCCAGGUUGCUCUGGGUGAGGAGAAGAAGAAGGCCCAAGAGAAGACGGAUAAGCCCGAGCGAACUGAUAAGAGCCCCGCCUCUCGAUCCCACGGCAAGGAAAAGUGGAUGCCUGUCAACUACGUCCCUACUGCUGUGUUCAACACCCCUCUCCCAACACCGGCUGGCCGUGGUGGCCGCAAACCCACUCGUGGUGGACGUGACGGUGGACGAGGAGGUGCUCAUGGUGCCGGUGCUGCCGCCGGUGACAAGACUGCUUCUGGACAAGCUGCUCCCGCCAAGCAGGCCCCCGGUGAGCGUGGUCGGAACGAGACUGGCAGCGGUCGCGCAGCUUCUCUUCCCGCGCAUGCCAGACGCUCCACCAGCGCUGACGUUGCCAACCAGGAGGCUCGUAAGGGCCAGGCCGCAGAGCGUGGCCGUGGACCCCGUGGUGCCGAAGAUGCCACCACGAACGGCAAGCAGGUCAACGGCGGCGAGCAUUUCCCUCGCUCCCAACGUGAUGGCAAGCAGUUCCCACGUAACCAGGAUGCUCGGGCUGGUGACCGCAACUCGAAGAAUGCUCACCUGGGUGUUGACUCUCAGGCUGCUGCUCGUGCUAACGAGCGCCGUGUCGAGUCGGGCCCCAAGUCUGCGGACGUGAACCGUGAUGCUUCUGGUUUCCAGGACUUCAACCGCGAGCGUGGUGACUCCCGCGCUGAGCGUGGCGGCCGCAAUGCCAACCGCGGCCGUGGAGCCUACUCCAACUUUGCUCAGAACCCUCAGUUCGCCAUGGCCAACAACUUCGUGCCUGGCAAGUUCAGCUUCAACGACCGCCAGCGAUCUCACACCGGAGUUCCGAACGGUCAGCAACAGAACAACCGGAUUCCUCUGCGCUCACCGUCAUUGCCCGCGACUGCUGGCAUGUACAACAAUGUCUACCAGUUCCCCGCCGAGAUCAACACUAUGUACCCCUCCUACCCUGCCAAUGUGGCUCCUGGUCCUAUGAGCGCCAUGCCAUACCAGCAGUACAUGGAGCCUUUCAGCCUCAUGAGUAUGCUGUCCAUGCAACUCGAGUACUACUUCUCGGUUGACAACAUGUGUAAGGACAUGUUCCUGCGUCGUCACAUGGACUCUCAGGGCUUUGUGCCUCUGGGUGUCAUCGCCAGCUUCAAGCGUGUCAAGUCCAUGACUGAGGACUUUGAGAUGCUCCGUCACGUUUCCCGUGGCCUUCGCAACGUCGACUACCAGAUUGGUGAGGAUGGCGUGGAUCGUCUCCGCCCGAAGGAGAGCUGGGCCCAGUGGGUUCUUCCCGUUGACCAGCGGGACCCCUCGGCUCAGCAUGAGGGUGCUCCGGUCGUUAAGCACGCCAAGAACGACGAUAACGCUCCGAUCAACCAUAACGAAGGUGCCCCGAAUAGCUCGAUUCACAACGGACCUCGCCAGUUUGUCCCCAACGGAACCGCAUCUCGCGGAAAUCGGACGCCGCUUUCGUCUACUGCCCCAGAGUUCCAGCCGGCACUGAAUGAAAUUGCCAAUGUAGGACUCCCCAAGGAUCAUUCCUCCCUCGCCGAAGAGAGCACCCAGUGGACAGGCUCUUCUACUCCCCCCAUGGAUAACCCAGUUAUUGACAAUCAUCCCUCAGCGUGCGGACUAAGUUCGCCCCCGGAAACGUCGCAUCCCCCUCAGUGUGAAACGGAGUGGCCUUCCUCUAGCUUUGACAUGGACAAGGAAUGGGGCUCUCCAUCCAGUUCCGUUGCCCAUUCAGCGAUUAAGCUUCCGAAGAGGAAGGCCUGGCCGUUCAAAGCGAAGGAUACGCGAUCUUAUGACCCUAAAAGUUCUCCACCUCUCUACUACUCCCCCGACAUGUCCCAAUUCUACCACCCUUGGGGAUGGUCCCCAGCAGCCAAUUCUGCUGAGACCGGCACCCCUUAUCGUACCUGGUCACAGUACCUCCUGCGCGAUUUCAAUCUGCAACUGUACAAUGAAUUUAGGCGAUCAGCCCUUGAUGAUCUUUUCACACGACACACCGACUAUGGAUUCAACGCUCUAAUGAGUUUCUACGAAGCCUCUCUUCUCAGUCCCAUGCCUACUCCCGACCUGGUCCUUUCCGACAUUGUCAACUUGUCUGAUGACAGAACAACGAAGCUUAACAACGAGGUUUUCGAACUCCUCUGCUCGUCUAUGGCAAGUGGUGCGAUGGAGGACACGAACUGUCGCAGGCUUGGCUACUACUACAAGGGGGUGUAUGGCCAGAGCCGACCGGCGUGGAGGAACUUCACUGCUUAA